GUAGUCUGUAUAAUUUAACGAAUGGCGAAUUAUGUAGAUAGAGAUCAGUGAUAUCACGUCAGUCCGUGAUAUGUUUUUACAAAAAUCGAGAGGCACGUGUGAAAGGUCUCUUGCUCGAUGAGAAAGAGAGAGAGAAGAUAUGGAUCAUCGGCAUACUCGAGUGCAUGUGCAACAAGUGUGUUGAGUGACUCAAGUGUCGUAUACACUCGUGAUGAAAUUGACGCAUUUGUGGAUGUUGUUGUUGUUGUGGUCGAACGCGUCAACGAUGGCAGCCAGUCGACGAAGACAACGAGCUGUCAACUCGACGACGGGCGUCGAGCGUCGUCAAAACGAGCCCAAUGCAAAAUCGUGCGUGUGCGUGCAUUUUAUGAUUUGCGACGUGACCGGCAUGGAUGCCGUAGACAGCUACAGUCUCAUCGACGUGCGCCGUCGUCUUCUGCAGCAGCGGCAACAGCAGCAGCAGCGCAAUAAAAUCAGACCAAAACGAUCCUGGGAAUGCAACAGUAUCCUGGAGGUCUGCUGCGAGCGGGCGAACAUCAGGAAGCCGGACAGGCCGUACCAAGUGCCGGGGGCCGACGAUCGCCCCGAGUACGGCGGCUACGACAGCUGCGGAGUCUACAACGGCCGGGACGAGCUGCUCGCCCAAGACAGGAUACAGUACUCGAAUCGGGACGAGAAGCAGACGCAGUUCGCCGAGUUUCCCUGGAUGGUGGCGGUGCUGAUGCGCGAAAAGGACGCCCAAGGAGGAUCCACCUCCAGCAUGUAUCGAUGCGGCGGCUCGCUCAUCCACCCUCAAGUCGUGCUCACGGCGGCUCAUUGCGUUCACGGGCAGGAGAGGAAAAAAAUCACGGCCCGAGUCGGCGAGUGGGACACGCAGUCGACGAGCGAGCGACUGCCGCACCAGACGCGCUACGUCGACACGAUCAUCGUCCAUCCGGAUUACAAGGCGGCCUCGCUGCAGCACGACUUGGCGCUGCUGAUACUGCAGGAGCCCGUGGAGAUCAAGGAGAACGCCAAUCCCGUAUGCUUGCCGGACUCCGAGACCAAGUUCGAUGACUCGCGCUGCCUCGUCACCGGCUGGGGCAGAGACAAGUACGCUGGACGCUAUCAAUCCAUUCUCAAGAAGGUUCGUUUAUCGAUAAUUCCGAACGAGUCGUGCGAGCAGCAGCUGCGUCACACAAGACUGGGCCGAAGAUUCACGCUGGGAAAAAGUUUCGUUUGCGCUGGUGGCAAAGCGGACGCCGACUCCUGCAUAGGUGACGGUGGAAGUCCUCUCGUCUGCCCGUUGAGGUCCGAUCCGCGGAUCUACGUGCAGGUCGGCAUCGUGUCCUGGGGCAUCGACUGCGGCGGGCCCGACGUGCCGGGCGUCUACGCCAGCACCGUCCAGGCGCGCGCCUGGAUCGACGAGCAGCUCAUGUUUCACAAUCUGGACAACAGCGUUUAUCGCUAUCAGGAGCCUACGUUACCUUUUGGAUUCGACGACUAUACGUGACGAUGACGCGACCGAUCGAGCCGCUAUUGUAUUGCGUACGUGUGUGUUGCCCGACGAAAGAAAAGAAAAAAAAUGUUUGAUGAUUUUUGUUGCGUACUUGCAGCGUUCGAGUGAUCUGCCAACCAUCCAAAUCGAUUCGACGAUGAGCGCGACGAUGUUACGAAAAAAUAGAGGAAAGAAUAAUUAUUUUACACUUUUCGAGACUCGAAUGAAUUUGACAUUAUUCUCGAUCAAGAAAUAAGAAAUAUUUUUUUAUAUAAUUUAAGUCCACUUUUUUAUAAUUACUAUCUGUAUCAUAAUAUAAAUCAAUCAAUUGCAGACAAAAACAUUUAUUGAUAUGAAUUAGAGGAGCUGCUGAAUUUACAAACAAUGAAAAAUCUAACUCGCAACAGCAAAUGAAUUGAAUAAGCAUUACUAGUUAUAAAUAGAUUAAAAUAAACUUUAAACCAAGCUUAUACAUAAAAUAAAACAAAUUUCUCCCUUUGUGUC